CAAAUCGGGAGCAAUUCAUUCAUAAAGAAACUCAUAUGAAAAUCUGCUCGGUUAUUUGGAAUUUCAAUAAAAAUAAAAAUGUUCUGUUUUAAUGAAUAUUUAUUAAUCACUGCAUAGUAGCAGUGGAGCAAUUACGGAAACAUAUGAAGCAUUUAAGGAGCAAUUUUUUAAGCACUAUAAAUAUACAACUUUUGAUUUUCCCGCGCUAACUUCCCGACGGUCAUAGAUACUCAAAAGUUUGCCGGUAUGACACGUGUGUAUUUACAUAUGCAUAACCAAUCAAGUGUUAACAUGGACGUCCUGUAGACGUUACAUGAAAAAUAACGGAUAUUUGAUAUAAUAAUACUAUUUUGUGUUGAUACUUAACCUAUGCGUUAAUAUCAUCGAAGAAAUGACUUAGAUAAAGAUCUGUAUUCUAUAUAUGUACAGCUGUUGAAAAGUUAACUCUAUUAUACUAUCAAACAAUCAGUUGCUCCUUCCUUUCCUAACAAAAUUAUCAAACAAUCAUGGCUCGAAAUGCAGAGAAAGCAAUGACCACUCUUGCUCGGUGGCGCGCAGCCCAGAGCAAUGAAGGUGCAAGAAAAGAACAAGAGAGACGUCCUUAUUUAGCUUCUGAAUGUCGUGAUCUGCGAAAAGCAGAAAAAUGGAGAAUGCAAAUUAUAAGAGAAAUUGCAAAAAAAGUUGCACAAAUACAGAAUGCAGGAUUAGGUGAAUUUCGUAUUCGUGAUCUCAAUGAUGAAAUCAAUAAAUUACUUAGAGAAAAACGACAUUGGGAAGCUCAAAUAAAAGAACUAGGUGGACCUGACUAUUCUCGCGUAGGACCACGUAUGUUGGACCAUGAGGGUCGUGAAGUACCUGGUAAUCGCGGUUAUAAAUAUUUUGGAGCUGCUAAAGAAUUGCCUGGAGUAAGAGAGCUUUUUGAACAAGAGCCUCCGCCACCUCCUAGAAAAACUAGAGCAGAACUUAUGAAAGAUAUUGAUGCUGAUUACUAUGGAUAUAGAGACGACGACGAUGGUAUUUUAUUGCCAUUGGAACAAAAAGCAGAACAAGAAGCUAGGGAAAAGGCAGUACAGCAAUGGCUCGAACACAGUGAAAAAGAACCCGAAGCUGAAGAGGAAAUAGAAACCACAGCGCAAAAGUCAAUACCAUCCCAACAGGAUAUUCAGGAAGCCUUACUUGCAAGGAAAAAACAGGAAUUACUGGAGAAAUACGUUCUUUAAUCGGUAUCUUCUUUUUUUUCAUAUAUUUUCAUCUUAUUCCUCUAGUAAAAACUACGAAUAAGUUGAUCAUUUUAAUAAUAUUAGAGUACACUUUUAUAAAACGCGACAAAUGUAAUUAUUAUCAUUAAUUUAUAAUUACAUAAUAACAUUCAUUAAGGUAAUUAUUUUGUGCAGAAGACAUUUAAAUUUCCAUGAGUACUUGUUCAACAAAGUGUGCUUGAGAUAAAAUGUGGACAUAUAUCCAAAAGCCGUCUGUUUAUAAUCACCGCGGACCAUGAUUUUUUAUUGAUAAAUGUAUUAUAAAUCCAAAAACAGUUAUAGUUAUCAAUACCAAACAUAAUAAUGAGUUAGUCCUAUCCUGUCAUUUGCUGAAUAUAACAAUAAGGACGAGCCGUAGGACUAACUUACAACCUCAAAAACGUUACCAUUAUCUUGUUCCGUGCCGAUUAUAAAUAGAUUAUACAUAAUGCAAUAAUAUCACUAAGGCCCAGAAGUUCCCUAAGACAUUUUGAGUACGUCUACAUAAGCUGUCAUUAAAUAAGAACCAGAUGUGUGCUGCAUAUGUCAAAUCAUAAUUCCAUCUAAAUAUAUAUUUUCAUACAAA